AUGUGUCAAGACGAAGUUGCUUCCAAUGGCUGGACCAGCGUUCCCAGACAUGCUGGGACUCUCUUUGGUGAUCGGCUAUCUACUGUUGAACCAUUGCCCCUUACCCUUAGUGACCUUGGAUUUCCAUCCAGCGACCCUGUAGUGGCGAAGACGGUUGAUUACGUCAAGGCAACUCUCCACCCUCAGACUUUUAAUCAUUCUAUGAGAGUGUAUUACUUCGGAAUGGCCAUCACCAAGCAAUAUUUUCCAAAACAAGCUGCUGGGCUUAACUCAGUUACCUGGGCUCUUACUUGUCUGCUCCACGAUAUUGGGACCGCGGAAGAAUUCUUGACUGCCACUAGAAUGUCUUUCGACAUCUAUGGCGGCAUCAAGGCUCUGCAGGUCCUCAAGGAUUUUGGAGUCGCCAAGGACCAGGCAGAGGCUGUUUCGGAAGCCAUUAUUCGGCAUGAAGAUAUGGGAAUUCAUGGUGAGAUUGCGUAUCUCGGCCAGCUGAUCCAGCUUGCCACAACGUACGAUAACACAAGCGUCCACCCCUAUGUCAAGAACUUUGGAAAGUUGUUGCAUCAUACGACAACCGCCCAUAUCAACGAAGCCCACCCCCGAAUGAAGUGGUCUUCGUUUUUCUCUGGGACUAUUCGCAAGGAGAUGACCAUUAAACCGUGGUGCCAUUCAGGAAACCUCCCCAACUUUGACAAUGAAAUUGAAGCCAAUCCACUCAUGAAGGAAUGGGAAUAUUGA